AUGGAACAGGCCUCGAAAGUUUCUGACACUCGAGAACUCUACCAACUUAUCUACCAAGUUAGUGGUAAGCUCUAUGCACUGAGUGACACUGUUCGCGACGCGAAUGGCGGUUUUAUUGUUGACAACUCGAUCGAAGUCGGGCACUGGCGUGAGCACUUUGAACACCAUCUCAACCUCGAUAACCAACCCACCACGUCCUUGCUUUCCUCUGCAGUGGAGUUUCUUCCCUCUCCCACCUAUGUAGUGCCAUGUGACCCCCCUUCUGAAGAUGAGGUUGCCGAUGCCAUACGAAAGCUACGCAACAAUAAGGCACCCGGAGAGGACGGUAUAUCUGCCAAAAUCCACAACUCUUGUGUCGACACCUUGGUGCCCUGGCUCCAUGAGGUGGUUGAACAGGGUUUGAGAAACGGGGUUGCUCCUGAUGACUGGGGCUUAGGCAUCCUAGUACCUAUACUCCUGAGGGGAGAUAAGACAAGGAGCGAGAACUACCGCGGCAUAAGCUCCAUCGACGUUGCUGGGACGAUCUUCGUUAUUGUCCAACUCAGGCGAUUCCAGACUGUGCGUGACUCUAGAACAAGGCCCAACCAAGCCGGAUUUCGUGCCGGAUGUGGAUGGGCGGAACAGGUAUUCACACUGAGACGCAUUCUCGAAGUCCGGCAUAACUAUCGGCCACCGAAGGCCGUCUGCUUUGUUAACUUUGCCGCCGCGUUCGAUUUGGUCCUUCGUGAGUCCCUACGGCGGAUAAUGGCGCUAGAUGGUGUACCGCCAAAAAUCAUUGCCAUGAUCAAAGGAUAG